AUGGUAGCAGCCACCCUUUCCACCUCCUUUCCCCAGACGUCUUCCACCAUAGCAGUCAUCGUCCCCACGAAACCCAAUGCUUUGACUAUCUCUUUCAAGCAAUUGGCGCAGGAUGUCUCAGCCUUUCAGAAGCAACUUGCUGGGCUGGGUAUCCGACAAACUGACGCCGUCUCAAUAGCCCUACCCAACAGCUACGAGUUCAUCGUUUCUUUUCUUGCAACCUCUUUCCAGCGAGCGAUUGCCGCCCCUCUGAACCCGACCUACAAGCAAAGCGAGUUCGAGUUCUACAUUGAAGAUCUGUCUUCAGCCGCGAUCAUAUUGCCUCGUGGAGCAUAUGCUAAGGACGGGCCUGCGGUCAAGGCUGCCAGGAAAUAUCAUGCUGCUAUUGCGGAGUGUUACGUGGAUGGAACGAAGCUGAUACUGGACGUGAAAGAGCAGGGCAAACUGGCACAGCGACAGUCUCAGCCGGUCGCUCAGGCUCAGCCGGAGGAUGUCGCACUGGUCUUGCACACCAGUGGAACCACUGGCCGCCCGAAAGCUGUCCCGUUGACGCAUCGCAAUCUGACAAGAACUAUGCAGAACAUUCGAAACACCUAUGAACUUACUGCUCAAGAUCGGACGAUGUUGGUCAUGCCUCUUUUCCACGUACAUGGUCUUCUCGCUGGUUUUCUAGGUCCUCUGAGUGCUGGUGGAUCCGCCAUUGUUCCCGACCAUUUCUCUGCUCGAUCCUUCUGGGUCGACUUCAUUCAGCACAAAGCGAACUGGUACACGGCUGUGCCGACGAUCCAUCAGAUUCUGUUAAAGAAUCCUCCGCCUAAUCCAAUGCCGAAGAUCAGAUUCAUCCGCUCAUGCUCGUCUGCAUUGUCCCCGAAAACUUUCAGUGAGCUUGAACGGACAUUUCAAGCGCCAGUACUUGAAGCCUAUGCCAUGACGGAGGCAGCUCAUCAGAUGUGCUCCAACCAGCUCCCGCAUCGCGGAAAACGAAAGCCCGGCAGUGUGGGAAUUGGCCAAGGAGUCGAAGUCAAGAUUCUUGACGAGCAAGGCGACGAAGUGCCCCAAGGUCAGGAAGGUGAAAUCUGCAUACGGGGUGAGAAUGUCACAAAAGGCUACAUCAACAACGAGAAAGCAACCAAAGAAGCAUUCACUAAAGGGGGAUUCUUCCGCACUGGCGACCAGGGCAAGAAAGAUGAAGAUGGCUAUGUCUAUAUCACAGGAAGGAUCAAAGAGUUGAUCAACAGAGGAGGGGAGAAGAUCAGCCCAAUCGAACUGGAUUUUGUGAUUUCUUCCAACCCGGACGUGGCAGAAGGGGUCACUUUCGGUAUACCUUCAGAACUAUACGGUCAAGAAGUUGGAGUGGCGCUUGUCCCUAAGCCAGGCAAGAUGGUUACCGAGAAGGGCAUCACGGAUUACGUUGCUAGCAAGACAGCCACGUUCAAAAAGCCGAGCAGGGUCUGGAUCUUGAAAGAGAUACCCAAGACAGCCACUGGGAAGAUACAACGAAGGAAGGUUGCAGCUGCGCUUCUGGCCAAAGAUCAACCUAGAGCGAUGCUAUAG